CAGACGGGGCGGGCCGCGGCAGCGGGGGUGGUUCCCGGCGAGCGCCGAGUUCCGGGCACGCGAAGACCGUUGGGGCUUUGUGGUGUGUGGGGGUUAUAACUCACAUGGCUGCAGCCAGUGUGACUCCCCCUGGCUCCCUAGAACUGCUACAGCCUGGCUUCUCCAAGACCCUCCUGGGGACCAGGUUAGAAGCCAAGUACCUGUGUUCAGCCUGCAGAAACAUCCUCCGGAGGCCUUUCCAGGCCCAGUGUGGGCACCGCUACUGCUCCUUCUGCCUGACCAGCAUCCUCAGCUCUGGGCCUCAGAACUGUGCUGCCUGCGUCCAUGAAGGCCUGUAUGAAGAAGGCAUUUCUAUUUUAGAGAGUAGUUCGGCCUUUCCAGAUAACGCUGCCCGCAGAGAGGUGGAGAGCCUGCCAGCCGUCUGUCCCAAUGAUGGAUGCACCUGGAAGGGGACCUUGAAAGAAUAUGAGAGCUGCCACGAAGGACUGUGCCCAUUCCUGCUGACUGAGUGUCCUGCAUGUAAAGGCCUGGUCCGCCUCAGCGAGAAGAAGCACCACACCGAGCAGGAGUGCCCCAAAAGGAGCCUGAGCUGCCAGCACUGCAGGGCACCCUGUAGCCAUGCGGACCUGGAGGUACACUACGAGGUCUGCCCCAAGUUUCCCUUGACCUGUGAUGGCUGUGGCAAGAAGAAGAUCUCUCGGGAGAAGUUUCAGGACCAUGUUAGAGCAUGCAACAAGUGCCGGGUUCUCUGCAGAUUCCACACCAUCGGCUGUUCAGAGAUGGUGGAGACUGAGAACCUGCAGGAUCAUGAGCUGCAGCGGCUACGGGAACACCUGGCCCUACUGCUGAGCUCAUUCCUGGAGUCCCAAGCCUCACAAGGAACCCAGAACCAGGGGCCAGAGCUGCUACAGCGGUGCCAGAUUUUGGAGCAGAAGAUAGCCACCUUUGAGAACAUUGUCUGCGUCUUGAACCGGGAGGUAGAAAGGGUAGCAGUGACUGCAGAGGCUUGUAGCCGGCAGCACCGGCUAGACCAGGACAAGAUCGAGGCCCUGAGUAACAAGGUGCAACAGCUGGAGAGGAGCAUUGGUCUCAAGGACCUGGCCAUGGCUGACCUGGAGCAGAAGGUCUCAGAGUUGGAGGUGUCCACCUAUGAUGGGGUCUUCAUCUGGAAGAUCUCCGACUUCGCCAGAAAGCGUCAGGAAGCUGUAGCUGGCCGGACACCUGCUAUCUUCUCCCCAGCCUUCUACACAAGCAGAUAUGGCUACAAGAUGUGUCUACGGGUCUACUUGAAUGGUGAUGGCACUGGACGGGGAACUCAUCUGUCUCUCUUCUUCGUGGUGAUGAAAGGCCCCAAUGACGCUCUCUUGCAGUGGCCUUUUAAUCAGAAGGUAACGUUGAUGUUGCUGGAUCAUAACAACCGGGAGCACGUGAUCGACGCAUUCAGGCCUGAUGUAACCUCGUCGUCCUUCCAGAGGCCUGUCAGCGACAUGAACAUUGCCAGUGGCUGCCCCCUCUUCUGCCCUGUGUCCAAGAUGGAGGCCAAGAAUUCCUAUGUGCGGGAUGAUGCUAUCUUCAUCAAAGCUAUUGUGGACCUAACGGGACUCUAGCCACCCCUAUUAAGAAUAGCAGCUCAGUGAGGAGCUGCCACAUUAGGCCAGCCAGGGCCCUGCCACACAAGGGUGGGCAGGCUUGGUGUGAAUGCUGAGGAGGGCCUCAGCCUAAAGCCAAUCACCAUCACACAGAAAGGCAGGAAGGAGCCUCCAGUUGGUCCUCAACUGAUAAACUGAGUUGGAGGGUCCACUGAGCUCAGGGUUCUGGUGGAAGCAGCUGGGGAUCUUCUCAGCUCUCCAGUAGAAAAGCUCUUGCUGACUUUUCUGUCUGGGGAAGGGAGAGACCCUCGGGUGGGGUGCCCAGAAAGGGCCUCCCAAGAGAGAGCCUCCAGAGCUGCACCAGGAGUGAGAGUGACUGGCCUUCCCCACCCCGGCCUUUGGAAAAGAGGUAGGGGCUGCACAGGAGAAGGCAUGCAUCUGCAGAGUGUAGCCCAGGAGAGAAGCUCUCUGAGCCAUAGGCACUCACUGGAGUCGGGCCUGCCUGGGCUGCACAGCCCUGCCAGGUGGCCUGUAUGGAGAAGAAGUGAUUAAACUAUUCAGAUGUCUCUGCUGAGUGGUAGUCACCUGGCUCCUGCUCUGUCUAGUCUAGGUAGUGACAACCCUCUGGUCAUCACUUCUGCCUUACUCAUAUUUGCCGCCCCCAUUCCUUAUAUCCUUCAAGCCCAGUGACCUCCCAUUGUGAGUCCACCUGGGUAGAAAUAAAGGGCUGACCUUGGCCUGGCCAGUGUACAGGCCUUUGUCUCAGG